GAACCCGUACACCGCCGGGGAAAAUCAGCGUUAUUCCCUCCCUUCAGUCUCUUAGUUACAGAAACACAAAAGUGGCCGUCUCUCUUGCAACCCCGAAUUUCGUCCGCAUCCUCCUCCUCGGUAAUAUUUUGUUACUUCAGCUUUCAGCUAGUUUACAUAUAAUCCCCACGAGGCCCAGAAGGCGUCGAUGGGCACCCGAUUCCGCAAGCCACUCCCUCCCAGCACUGCCGUCGCCUACGCAAAAGUACUCUUCAUUUUUUUUUUCCCGUGGUCCGUACGUAGCCUAGACGCUUGGCCAUAUGAUAAAAACGUGCACAUUGAAGGCACGGUAUUCGCUCACGGGAGGAGGGAGGGGCCUCAAGUGGUCUCUAGUCUCCUCGUGGGCUCUUUUUGGGAGGAGUCGGCGACGCACGUCGGGCUGAGUUGUAACUCUGACCUGACGUUCUCGUACGUUUCCUCCUUCAAAUCGUGAGUAUGGCGAUGAGGUUUCCUCUUUUACCUCUUCGAGUCGACCAAUGUCUAGACGGCCGGCUGCAGUUGGGUGCCAUUGGGG